UAGAUAUACUUAAGUAUACUUAAUUAAAACACUUCAUAGGUAUAGCCACAAGAGGGUGCUGCAACUGCACAAAAGCACUCCAUUUGCAAGACUCCAAGCUUUUAUUAUUAAUCAAACAGGUUUACAUCGUCAUAGAACAGGAUCGUUACGCGCACCGCAUCCUCACUUCAAAAUAUACAGGUCACAUUUUGAAAGCAUUUAGUCGCUCGUACACAAAGAUGUCCUUCAUUGCGCAACAGAAGGGUCACUUGUCCCACUUUAUUCUGGGCAUUCGAUUAGAUCUGCAAUAUUUCCUAGCUGGUAGGUCCAUCAAAGCUAAAAUAUUUCAAAAGUUUGUGCUACAGCACAUGAGGUAAAUGGUAGUCACACCAGAUAUGCACAGUUUUUUUUUUUUAUCAGAUCAGGAACAAUGGGGCCAAAACAAACAGAAAGAUAGAUGCAGUGUAAUGAUAUAUUGAAGAUAAUUCACUUAACUAAAUGUAUCAUCACAGUUUAUUUAAAAAAAGCCACACAAAAAUGCCCAUCAUAUAUAAUAAUGAAUACUUUGUCACAUCAUAUAAAAAAAAUCGAAAUCCCCCUCGGAGGAUUUGAUAAAAAGUGAAAUGGCUCCUGGUAGGAAAAUGGUUGGCCUGGUCUACUUUAAAAGGUGAUGAAGAGUCCAUGUUAGUUUAAGGCUCUCUCGGGGUGAGCCACACUGUGUUCCCUUGUUUGUGGAGCAAAGAGGCGGGCCUUUUUUUUUUUUUCUUAGAGAAAACGAGGAAUGCGCUGGACGUCUUCCUGCAGGAGAUCUGCACAAGUUGAGGAGCGUCUUUUCUUAUCCCCUCGUCUCCUUUCUCAGCAUGGUCAUGUGGUCUCUGCUUCUGCUCUGUGUCCACAUCUGCGUCUGCUCCGCAUAUGAAGGGUCAGGACAGCACGCCUACGGCAACGAUGAGGACUGGUAUACUCAUGCGUUUAAAGGUGCAGCGUGGUGCGCCCCCAUUAAGGUGAAGCACGGCGAUGUGAGCUGCCGCACGCCAAGAGGACACCACUCCAAGAACGCCAUGGGAACGCGUUGUAAAAUCCGCUGCAAGCAAGGAUAUGAGUCCCAGAGCACCGAAGUGGUGUGCAUGGCUACCAAACACUGGUCCUCCAACUAUGCAUGUCGAGAGGUCCGCUGUCCCAAGAUGAACAUGCCCAUGAAUGGCAGCUUUAAAUGUUCCGAUGGCUCUUACUACAACUCUCGCUGCGAGUUCUUCUGCUCGCCAGGAUUCACGUUGAAGGGCCCCAAGACGGCAACGUGCCAGUACAACAAAGCCUGGAGUGCCACAGUCCCCACUUGUGUCGACGAGGACCCUCCAAAGAUCAAGUGUCCUCAUGUGAAGGACAAGUGGGCAGAGCCAGGUAAACUGACAGCUAGGGUGACCUGGGAUAUGCCCGAAGGUGUGGACACGGCCGACGGCAUCCUUACAGACGUGAUCCUGAAAGGGAAAGCUCCCAGAUCGGAUUUCCCCGAAGGUCUUCACAAGAUGUCCUACACAGUAUUGGAUCGUGCGGGGAAUAAAGGAUCCUGUCGCUUCACUGUCAGAGUACGAGUGCGACGCUGCAGUCCACUGUUCCCGCCCGACAAUGGCUACAUGAAAUGCGACAGCGACGGCGACAACUACGGUGCGACCUGCGAAUUUACCUGCACUGGCGGUGCCGAUCUGCAGGGCAGUGCCGCCCGAGUCUGCCAGUAUGGACUCACCUGGUCCGGAAGUGACACCAACUGUGCGCCUAUGAACAUUAAUGUGGGGGUGCGGCGGGCCGGAGCGCUGCUCGAACAAUUCUACGAGAAGCGACGGCUCCUCAUUAUCUCCGCCCCGACGGCUGCCAAUCAUAAUUACCGCUUCCAGAUGACCAAUCUGCAGCAUGCCCAGUGUGGACUGGACCUCCGUCACAUCACCGUCAUCGAGCUGGUCGGGAACUACCCGGCCCAAAUUGGCCGUAUUCGACACAGGCUCCUCCCCCCCAUGCUAGCCUUGCAACUCAGGUUACUGCUCCAGAUCUCACAAAGGUCUUUCCAGAUGGUUCUAGUGGACAAGGACGGCACGGACAAGCAACGCUACCCGUUCCCAAUCACGGCGGCCGAGCUGUUUACCACCGUUGACACCUUCCCCCUGCGCAAGGACGAGAUACUGUUGCAGCAGGCCGCCGGACAAACUUGUCAAUCAUAAUCGUCGGCAUUCACAUCGCCCCACAACGGGACUCGAAGACGUUUUCGAUCCAGUGGCUUCCCUUUUGUCGCGACACAUGCUCCUGAAGGUGUGUGUGUAUAUUUGAAACAACAGUUCGCUGCCAUGUCACUCAUGUGAAAGAUUUUUUUUCCUGAAGCGUUCAAGUCUUACACCACAACAAUCAUAUUGAUUCAUGUGUCUUGCCUACUGCUAUGUAUUAUUUUUCAAAACAAAAGUACUAAGUUUUGUAGAAUCAAGUAUUUUCACUGUAUGGAGUGGAAAACUAUAUUAUUUAUGUCCCACUUCUUUAAUAAUAAUGGAUUCUCACACUCUUUAGAUUAUACUUUGUGUGUGUUUUGUACACUCCCUGGAGAAAAUACAUUGCAACCGCAAAAUCCAACAAAAUGUCUUUUAAACUAUUUGGUUUUAAUUCAUUGUCCAAUAGAAACAAUGACACAAUCCAAUACGCCACCUCAA